GAGGUUCUGGGAGAAAACAUGUACACCUGAGUUUACGUCAUCUGUUCCUGAUUGCUUUGGAGAUUCCAGAUUCCUGCAGCUGCUUCCCGCUUUAAAUGAAGGCCUGUCCUAAACACCGCAGCUCACAGCUGAUAACAACAGAUAGCCUGCAGUGUGGUCCUAAUAAACGGAUAAAAAAAGAGCAGGAUAUGCAAAGCCACGCGGAGUAAAGCCUGUUCAUGUCAUAUUGAAGUCCACUAACAACUGCUUGGACUGGCUUGUCCCUCUUGUGUGAUGUCAUCCAAUGGAUGAGGGCUGGCGGCUGCGAUGCGCAUGUAUGCAGUCCACUGCCUCAACGCAUCACAGCGAACCGCACUUGACAGCUUGCCAGGUUAGAGGGGGAAAACACACACACACACACACACACACACACACACACACACACACACACCAUUCAAGGGAGGAAACCAGACCUGCUGAAUCUCCACCAGCCAGCCGUCAUCCGCAUCCAGCCCGAGGUAGAGGGUUUCCUGCAGCCUGUCGCUCUUUCUCAUCGACAUCUCAUGCAUCGUUUUCGGGGAUUAAUUAUGUUUCUCUUCUAACGCACAGAUGACAGCGUAACCGGGGCGGUAAGCUGUUCAGAUACACAACCACACAGCCGCUUUGUUGAAUAGGAUCUGUUGUGACUGGACAUGAAUUCGGCGGAACAGACGGUUACAUGGUUGAUCACGCUCGGGGUGCUGGAAUCGCCAAAGAAGACCAUCUCGGAUCCUGAAGCCUUUCUGCAGAGCUCCCUGAAAGAUGGGGUGGUGUUGUGUCGGCUACUGGAGCGGCUCAGCCCGGGGUCCACGGAGAAAAUUUACCAAGAACCGAAGAACGACGGCGAGUGCCUGAGCAACAUAAAGGAGUUUCUCAAGGGCUGCACAUCGUUUCGCGUCGAGCCGUUUGAGGCCAGUGACCUGCUGCUGGGACUUAACUUCUCAAAGGUGCUCAGCAGUCUGGUGUCCCUGAAUAAAGUGACAGCAGAUAUCGGUGUGGGCAGUGACUCAGUGUGCGCCCGACAUUCUUCAGCGCAUCGGAUCAAGUCGUUUGAGUCACUGUCCUCUCAGGCUUCGCUGGGCCGAUCCUCCAAGCUGCUGCAGAACCAGUUUCGCAGUCUGGACAUGUCUGAAAACAGUGGACAGCAGCUGCUGGUGAGGGCACGUUUUAACUUCCAGCAGAACAACGAGGAUGAGCUCACCUUCGAUAAGGGUGAUAUCAUCAGCGUGACUCGUCAGGAGGAGGGCGGCUGGUGGGAGGGGAUGCUCAAUGGCAGGACUGGGUGGUUUCCUAGCAACUAUGUUCGUGAGGUCAAAGGCACUGACAAACAAGUGUCUCCCAAGUCUGGCACUCUGAAGAGCCCACCUAAAGGCUUCGACACCUCAGCAAUUAGCAAGACGUACUAUAACUUGGUGUUGCAGAACAUUUUAGAAACGGAGACAGAAUAUUCCAAGGACCUCCAGAGCCUCCUGACCAACUACCUGCGACCUCUUCAGAGCAUUGACAAACUGAGCAGCUCAGACGUGGCUCUGAUUCUGGGAAACCUUGAGGAGAUCAGCACCUUCCAGCAGAUGCUCGUCCAAUCGCUGGAGGAGUGCACCAAGCUUCCAGAGAACCAGCAGAGGGUGGGAGGCUUCUUCCUCAACCUCAUGCCGCAGAUGAAAGCUCUUUAUGUUGGUUACUGCUCCAACCACCCCUCUGCAGUUAAUUUGCUUACACAGCACAGUGAAGUGUUGGGGGAGUUUAUGGAGGGGAGGGGUGCAGUCAGUCCAGGGAUCCUCACAUUGACCACAGGCCUCAGUAAACCCUUUAUGAGACUCGACAAAUACCCAACUUUACUCAAAGAGCUGGAGAGGCACAUGGAGGAGAGUCAUCCUGACCGGCCAGACAUUCAGAAGUGCAUGGCGUCUUUCAAAAAUCUCUCGGCUCAGUGCCAGGAGGUGCGGAAGCGUAAGGAGCUGGAGCUGCAGAUUCUGACCGAGACCAUCCGGCUGUGGGAGGGGGACGACAUUAAGACCCUGGGCUCUGUGCUCUACAUGAGCCAGGUGUUAGUCCAGAGUCCUGGUUCAGAGGACAAGAGCGAGCGUUACCUCAUGCUCUUCCCUCACGUCCUCCUCAUGUUGUCAGCCAGCCCGAGGAUGAGCGGCUUCAUAUUCCAGGGAAAAUUGCCCCUGGCGAGCAUGACAGUGACCAAACUAGAGGACUGUGAAGCCCAUAAAAACGCCUUUGAGCUCAAUGGUACCAUGUUUGACCGUCUCCAGGUGGUGUGCACCAACCAGCAGGACCUGCAGGACUGGGUGGAGCACCUGACCAGACAGAUCAAACACACUGCAGCCACAGGACCCAGCCACAAACCCCUCACCGUUCCCUGCCACACGCUCCCAUCUCACCCUCUCACCCCGUCCCGGCAUGCUGAGGGGAGGGGCAUGACCGUGGCUCCCACCUACCACACCCUGCCUCACCCCUCCUCCCAUGGAACGUCUCACAGCACCAUGAUGUGGGGCCCACUGGAACCACCAAACACCCCCAAACCCUGGAGCUUGAGCUGCCUGCGGCCCGCACCCCCUUUACGACCCUCUGCAGCCCUCUGCUACAAAGAGGAUCUUAGUAAAAGUCCUAAGAGUGUGAAAAAACUCCUUCCCAAGCGCAAGCCUGAGAGGAAACAGUCUGAGGAGGAAUUUGCCUUGAGGAAGAGUACAGCUGCUCUGGAGGAAGACGCCCAGAUCCUGAAAGUCAUUGAGGCGUACUGCACCAGCGCCAAAACCAGGCAGACUCUCAACUCCAGGCCGCGAAAGGAAGCAGGGCUGCAUGUGAUCAUCCCCGGUGAGAGGAAAGUCCUGGUGGACGAUCCGAGUCGCAACGGACAAAGUACAGUAGAAGAAAAGAGCCUGGUGGAUGUGGUGUACGCCCUGAGGGACGAGGUUCAAGAGCUGAAACAGGAUAACAAGAAGAUGAAGAGGUCGCUGGAGGAGGAGCAGCGUGCACGGAGGGAUCUGGAAAAGGUUGUGCGGAGGGUGCUGAAGAGCAUGAAUGACCCCACAUGGGAUGAGACAAACCUCUGAGGGUCUUGUGCACCGUCUCCAUCUGAAGCUUUGAAAAGAGAAAAAACAGCAUGUGUGGGUUUUGUGUGUGAAAUGCAUACACAUAAUUUAAGGCUGGUUGUGUGAGUGAAUAUGUAAGCAGGUUGUGUGCUUGUUUGACAUGGAAGUCUGUGUGUGUGUGUGUGUGUGUGUGUGUGUGUGUGUGUGUGUGUGCCUUAUAAUGAGUGUCGUCUGGUGAAAAGACAGGAACCACUGCAACGUGAUGCUGAACAGACUCAAUUCCAAAAUAACAUUCCUCAAACACCGAGUGAGAUGGUGAGGAGAUCACACAUUUAACCCUCAGUGUGUCCAUCACUUCAGCAUCCAUCAUCAGUGUCUUUGGCAGAAGCUGGAAGACAAGUGGAGCCAAGUCCUCUCCGUUUACAAUCAUGUAACGGUCCGCUGUCCAAUGGCACAUAAAUGGUACUUAAUGGUGUUAAUGGUCACAAAGGCCUUGGACAAGUCUGAACUUGGACCACGCCGUUUCAUAACCUGUCUUAUGUUAUUUAAUUUUUUAUGAGUUGAUUUUUGUGUGGCCUCUUACCCUGACACAGAUUUAAUCUGCCGAUUUUAACCCAAAGUGAAGCUUGUGCCAGGAAACUCAUCUUUUGUGUCUGUUUAAGUGUGUUUUGUCUUUUUCGACCUCUUUACUGUUGGACCACUUUGCGGAUCGACUUUCUUUUUAGGGAAUUGUACAGAUUUUGAAUUUGUACUGUAUUAUGUAAAUACUGCAAAAAGAUGAGCCUUUGUCCUUUGGGAGAAAUAAAUGUGUUUUUUUUAGAAUUC